CAAUCACUUCCUCCCAAUCAUCCUGAUUUGGCUAAAUCCUAUAACUGCAUUGGUAAUGUGCAUUACAGCAUGGGUAAUCAUCCCACAGCACUUUCUUAUUAUGAAAAAGCCCUUGGAAUUCGACGACAAGCACUUUCUCCCGAUCAUCCUGAUUUGGCUAAAUCCUAUCACAACAUUGGUAAUGUGCAUUACAGCAUGGGUAAUGAUACGGAGUCACUUUCUUAUUAUGAAAAAGCUCUUGAGAUCAGUCAACUAUCACUUCCUCACAAUCAUCCACAUCUGGCUAAAGCCUACGGUAAUAUUGGCAAUGUGCAUUACAGCAUGAGUAAUUAUCCGAAAGCACUUUCUUAUUAUAAAAAAGACCUUAAGAUCAGUCAGCAAUCACUUCCUUUCAAUCAUCCUGAUUUGGCUAAAUCCUAUAACAAUAUUGGUGUACUGCACGAAAAUAUGAAUAAUUAUCCAAAAUCACUUUCUUAUUAUGAAAAAGCCCUUGCAAUUCGACAACAAUCACUUCCUCCCAAUCUUCCAGAUCUGGCUAAAUCCUAUGGUAAUAUUGGUAAUGUGCAUAACCACAUGGGUAAUUACGAGAAAGCACUUUCUUAUUAUAAAAAAGCCCUUGAAAUCAAACAACAAUCAAUUCCACUCAAUCAUCUUGAUUUCAUUACUUCCUACUACAACAUUGGUCUAAUGCAUAACAGUAUGCAUAAUUACCUCGAAGCACUUUCAUCUCAUGAAAAAGCGCUUGAAAUCAAACAACAAUCGCUUCCUCCCAAUCAUCUUGAUUUGGCAGUGUCCUAUCACAAGAUUGGUUCAGUGCAUGACAGCAUGGGCAAAUAUCAGAAAGCACGUUUUUACUAUGAGAAAGAUCUUGAAAUCAAACGACAAUCACUUCCUCCCAAUCAUCUUGAUUUGGCUGCUUCCUAUGACAACAUUGGAUUAGUGCAUGAAAGCAUGGGAAAUUAUCCAGAAGCACUUUCAUCUUAUAAAAAAGUCCUUGAAAUCAGACAAGAAUCACUUCCUUCUGAUCACCUUGAUUUGGCUGAUUCCUACAACAACAUUGGUAAUUUACAUGAAAACAUGAGAAACUACACUAAAGCACUUUCUUAUUAUAAAAACGCUCUUAAAAUUCGACAACAAUCACUUCCUUCCAAUCAUCCUGAUUUGGCUAAUUCUUACUACAACACUGGUUCAGUGCAUGACAGUAUGGGCAAUUAUCCGAAAGCACUUUUUUACUACGAGAAAGAUCUUGAAAUCAGUAAACAAUCACUUCCUCCCAAUCAUCCUGAUUUGGCUGCUUCCUACAACAACAUUGGUGAAGUGCAUGAUAGUAUGGGUAAUUAUUCAGAAGCACUUUCAUCCCACGAAAAAGCUCUUGAAAUCAAAGAACAAUCACUUCCUCUCAAUCGUUCCAGUUUGACUUCUUCCUACAAUAACAUUGGUGAAGUGCAUAGAAACAUGGGCAAUUAUCCGAAAGCACUUUCUUAUUAUGAAAAAGCCUUUGAAAUUCUACAACAAUCACUUUCUUCCAAUCAUCCUGAUUCAGUUAUAUCCCACGACGACAUUAGUUAUGUGCAUUUCAACAUUGGUUCAGUGCAUUUCAACAUGGGUUUAGUGUAUUACAAUAUGGGUAAUUAUCCAAAAGCACUCUUAUGUCAUGAAAAAGCCCUGGAAAUUCAACAAGAAUUACUUCCUUUCAAUCAUCCUGAUUUGGCUUUUUCCUACAACAACAUUGGUCUGGUAUAUGAAAAUAUGGGGAACUACCCAAAGGCCCGCACAUUUUAUGAACAUUCUAUACUAACUGCACAACAAUCAUUACCUUCAAAUCAUCCUGUUAUUGAAUUAUUUAGAAAUCAUCUCAAAGACGUAAAAAACAAAUAA